GGUUGCCAACCCCACAAGCACUCAAAUCAAAAUUCAUUGUCGUCAAAGAAAUAUAUAUCUUCAGCUGGAAAUCUCUUGGUAUCGUUUUUGGAAAGAAAGAAUAAAUGCCAAGGAUUCGUUAAUAUCUAGAAAAGAACCUAACCUAUAACCAGGACACAAUCAAAACUCCUUGAACUAAAUACUGUCUCUCUAGUGCAUCAAAGUGGCCUUUGAAUUAUUUAAUAAGCAAUUAUCCAUGCAAGUGUGUCAGUGUGUGUGCGUGCCAGAAAAUAAGUUUUUCUAAUUUCAACCAAGAAAAAGAGAAGAAGAUUCAAAGCAUACGUUUGUUUAAGCCAAAAUAAGAAUUGAAAAGGGAGAAUAAUCUCACCCGUUUUGUUACCUAAAGAAAUUCCACAUACCACCGCUAUAUAUUGCUGCUAGCAUUGACAUCUUCAUCCAAUUUGUGAGAAUAAUCGAAAAUGGCCUGUGCAACACUCAAACGUACCCUGGACUGGGAAUCUAUAAAUCAACGUCCAAACAAACGACGACGUUGUAAUCCCUUUGGACAAUCCGGCAGCACUGGUUCCCCAUCACGUUCCUCAGCACAUGAUGGCCUACCCGGCUCCAAUCCCCAAUCGCCCAGCAGUCGUUUUGCCCGUGAACCGCAACCAAGUCCAUUUGCCGAAGCAAAUCUGUCGAAAAUGUCGCCCGAUAAAAUGUCACAAAACAUACGCGAAGAAAUCAAAAGAUUGCACAGACGUAAACAGCUGCCAUUUUCAUCAGCCGCCAUCGAACGUAUGCAAGAUUCCGAAUCGAGCGGUUCAGAAAUGGGACCAGAUAGCCCCCGACGUCCAGAUAGCCCACCAAGUAUUGUUCGCAAUCCGGAAAAGGCAUUAUUUACAUUUAAACAGGUGCAAUUAAUAUGCGAGCGUAUGCUUAAAGAACGUGAAGAUGAGUUGCGUGAAAAAUACGACGCUGUACUGACAACAAAACUUGCAGAACAAUAUGAUGCUUUUGUCAAAUUUACUUAUGAUCAAAUACAAAGACGUUACGAAGCUGCUCCCAGCUAUUUGUCGUAAUUUCGGACCUCAGGCGUGUACCCCUCCCCCAAAAUUAGUUUCUUAUGUAGACGCUAAGGAUCUAACUUCCUCCCAGCCUUUUUGUCAUUUUACUGCAACACAGCAGCAAACAUUUUUCACUUAAUUUCACUUUAAUUUGGUUUUCAAAACUAAUUGCCAAAAAACCAUUUUUUUCCUUUUCUAUACAAAAUCAUUUAUAUUUUCUGUUAUCUUUUUUUCGAUUUCAAUUAUCUAUACAUCAAUGGAUUCGAAUUCAAUUAGAAGAAAGCUAUUUAAAUUUUAUUUCUUUCCCAUGCAACAAAUAGUAAGAAGAAGACAUAUAUUAUUAUAUAUGUAUUUAAAGAAACAACAACAGCAAACUCAAAAUAAUUAAGGAUUAAUUUAACAAAUUAAUUACAACAAACAAAACAAAAAAAUGACACCUCAUUAUACCUGCAGGUUAAAAAUACAUACAUAAAAAACAUAUUUGCAUACCAAUAAUUAUUUUUAAAUAUUAAAAAGAAAAUAUAUAAAAAUACAAGAAGAAGAAGUUCAAUACUGGAAAGUAAAGUAAAUUGAAUUACAUAUAAAAAAUAAAAACAAAACAAAAAAAGCAUAUAUUGCAUACAAGAAGAAGCAGAAGAAGAAGAAGAAGUGAAGGAAAAAAACUAAUAAUUUAUAAAUUAGUAAAUAAUAUUAGUAAUAUUAUAAUUACAAUAUAAAUAAACUAAAACAAAACAAGAUAUGGAAGGAAACAGCAAAUCCACAACACAUCCAAAAAGAAAAACAAUAAGGCCCCUGCUCAACUCCCAUGUAUGCCGCCAAUGCAAACAUAACAUAAACUAAAAUAAAAAAAGAAUGCCACAACUAAUAAUCCCUUCCAUUGCGAGCAGUUCUACAAACAUACAUACAUAUAAUCAUCAAGAGAUACAAACAAAAGUGCUGCACUCCGCCUCAACUGUUGUUAAUUGUAAAGGAACUUGCCAUGGCAUAAAUCUGGCCGGUUUCUUUAUUUUUGUACAGUGGUUCUACUACUACUACUACUACUACUUAUUCUCAAAGUUAUAUACCAGAAAAUAUAGCGUCGAAGCAGAAGAAGAAAAAGAAUAAUAAACCUCAAAACUCCACAAAGUGUAAACAAAUGAAAUAAAAACUGAAGAGAAAAUAAAAUAGUUUUGUAAAGCUUAUCAUAUAAAACAAAAAAUAAUAAAUAUAUAUUUAAAAUAUCAUAAAACAAAACAACAAAACAUGAAAAUAUGCAUAUGUGUUACCAUCUCUCAAUGGAUGUAUGUUUUCUUCUUCUUUUCUCAUUGAUUUUCAUAAACAAACACAAUUAUCCAUUAACAACCACAACAAAUGCGUUGUAAUUUAAUUUCUUCUAUGCAUCUCAAAAUUAGCAAAAAAAAAAACAUUUAUUUUUUUCUUUUAAUUUUAAAUGAGAAAGUGUUGUUUUUGUAAUAGCGCAUAAACAAAAUAUUUAGUUUCAUUUGCUUUCUUUAUAAAACAAAAAAAACAUAAUUAGAUUUAUUAUAAUUUUUUUUUUCAUUUGAAUAAUAAUUUGUAAUACUGAAAUAUAUAUUUUUCUCUCAUGUAUUUUAUUAUUAUAAAACAAAAAAGAAUAAUAAAAAGCAAAGAAAACUUUUCUAUACUUUAA